GAGCAGUACGGCCCGCACCCAACUCAAAAGUCUCUAGAUGGAAUCAGGAAGUCCACCAAAGCGUAAUUUUGAGAGACUUUAACAGCAGUCCGACUUUUUAUAUUCAGAUAAACUCUGAAAAAGAAAUGCUCGGCUGUUUGUGGUGAGUUCACGGUCACCCGCCGUGGGCAGGAAACCAUGCGUUUAUUGUUGUGUUCAAAGCCCUCGAUGUUGUGGCUCCUUGCAGUUGUUGUGACAGCUCGUGUGAGCAAAGCUGCUGCGGGGAAACCGAAACUGAUCGAUUAUGGGUCGGCCUGUGAGUCCCGAGACAAUGCGGUCAGCUUGAGAUCCAGCACAGCCUCCACACCCGACGGCCCGGAGCCGGGGGACCUCGCCGCCGCGUUCAGUGUCCCGACUCUGGACGGGGAGUUCUCCUACCAGCCCGGUGCCCUGCAGGGACCUCUCAUCGUGCACGCCUUCUCCAACAAGUCGGGCUUUCUGGAGUGCAUGUGGAGCUCCGAGUCGUCCCUCAUCAGCCUGGUGGAGGAGCUGCCCAACAGCACGCAGGUGCUCUUUCUGUCCCUGGACGACUCCGCGGUCAGCGAUGCUCUGUGGAUGAGGGAGCAGCUGCAGCGGGUCGCCAUGCACAGGAAUAAGGAGGUUCUGUCCAGACUGCAUUUCUCCCCGGUGCCGGUCUUCGCUCUGGGUAACUGGAUACCCAACGUGCUUUACUACUGGCGCUGCACCGGACGCGGCUGUGUCUUCUCCCAGGCCGUCUUCAAAUCCGAGGGAUGGAAAAUGCCCAUAAUCAUCAAGAGACUAGACGCCCGGUACGACUGGCUAUCGACGCGCGGGGAUCCGAGGUCGUACCAGCUGGUGGAUGCAGGUGACGGGUGUGAACCUUCCCCCUCGGUGGCGGGUGCUCUGGCCUGGGUGUCCGAGGGCAACUGCUCUUUCUUCACCAAGGUGCAGAACAUGGCCGAAUCCAACGCCUCCGCCGUCCUUGUCUACGCUCUCCCCGGUAACCCGAUCCAGGACAUGAACUGUGUCGGGGACGAAUGCGACACAACGCUGGCCAUCCCGGCCGCCAUGGUGCACCUGGAGGUUUCGGUCGCUCAGGCGCUCGAGUUUGGACAGCCGGUGUACGUGUCCUUCCAGAACACUCCGUCCCCAAACUUCUUCAUGGGUAUUGACCAUCAGGGGGCGCUGGCUGAGAUGGGCUGGUUUAUUUACCCCUCGUUCAGCUUCAUCAACUGGCAGGCGCAGUGGUUUGACUUCUAUGCAGCUCUGCAGACCAAACUUCAAAGUCCUGCAAAGGUCGUUUCUGUUUUUGACAAAGUCCAAAUGCAGGGAGAGAAAGGAGCGGUGGCCACAGUCGACCUGCCGAUAGCCCUGUCGGACUUCGACGUGCUGGAGCUGGAUGCGUCGCUGUCGUGCCCCGGCAGGAGAGACUCGUCCUGCGCUCACUGGGAUCACACGGUGCAGCUGUUUGUCUGCUGCGACCCUCUCGGCCCGUACUGCAACACGGAGCUGGGCCGAUGGAUCACUGCCUUCCGCAGAGGUAUUGGGCGCUGGCUGACAGACGUGUCCCCUCUGAUCCCCCUGCUGGACAGCAACAAAUGCACCCUCACCAUGAAGACGGUGCCCUGGGCGAUGCCGUGGGUCGUCUCCCUCAACCUGAGAUUCAGCGUCGGCAACCGGACAGAUUAUAAAGUCGAGAAGCUCCACCCCUUCAGAGUGAUGCCACUGUACAGCGGGGGAACCUUCGACAAGAACUACAACAAGAGAUUCCAGCCAACCAAAGUGUCCGUCCCAGCAUCAACCAAAAAGGUGGAGCUGUACGCCGUCAUCACGGCACACGGCUACGAUGACAACAGCUGCGGAGAGUUCUGCGUCACCUCCCACUACUUCCUGAUCAACAACGCUUUUAACAACACCCUCACCUUCGAUUCUGCAGGAACACCUCUGGGCUGCACUCUGCGGGUGAAAGAGGGCGCGGUACCGAACGAACACGGCACGUGGCUGUACGGACGAGGAGGCUGGUGUGAUGGACUACAGGUCGACCCCUGGAGGACGGAUCUCACCAAACAGCUGAACAUGACCGAGCUUGAAUCCAACACUGUUGUCUACUUCGGCUUAUUCCAAGGGAAGGAUCCGAAUCCAUCGAAGGAUCCUGGAUACAUCAUCAUGUCUUCUUUUCUUGUCUUUUACAAAUGAUGCCCCUCUGUGACACUCCACCUUUUUAAUUGUGACGUAAAUGAAUAUAGAAUCAAGAUUAAAUUUCUAUUUUUCCUACUG